CCGCGAGGAGUUCCCAUCCGCUGCUGAGAUGAGGGCGGGCAACACCUUCCCCAAGGCCGGCGACAGCGCCUUCCGCCACCACCUCCAAGAAGAGGUGCGGGCCAUUCUCACGCCGAAGCAGCUUAUCUCGGGGUGCGAGAAGAGCCAGCGGUCGUCAGCCUGAAGGACUCGGUUGCAUCAGGAGACUUGACUCAAGGAGGCGGCCUCUUUCAGACUGGGAGUCGCGCUUUUGGGAAUGUUUCUGGACAUCCGAUGACGGACAGGCACGGAGGGGGCAAACCGGCUCUCCGCUGACCUCGCGGGACCGAACUUGGCGGACACGUUUCAAGGAAUCACCUGCAGAAGGCAAACAGAAGGAAGACACGUGUUUUCAUGGUGUCCGCUGACCAGUGUUUCGGGAGAAGUGAGCAUGGAGACCGAGGAUAACCGGUGGCUGCGGGUGACCGUCCUCCCCGGCUGCGUGGGCUGCAGGACCGUGGCCGUCCUGGAGUCCUGGACAGUGCGGGACAUCAAGGAGCGCAUCCGGGCGGAGACCGGCUUCCCGGCGUCGGAGCAGCGGCUGUGGCUCGGCGACAGGGAGUUACCUGACUGGAUCCAGGUUGGAGAUCUGACUUCCAAAAAUCGUCAUCUGUUUGUAAACCUUCAAUCAAAAGGCUUACAAGGGGGAGGUCGAUUUGGUCAAACGACCCCACCACUGGUGGAUUUUCUCAAGGACAUUUUGAGAAGAUACCCGGAAGGAGGCCAGAUCCUUAAGGAAUUAAUCCAGAAUGCAGAAGAUGCGGGGGCCACAGAAGUUAAAUUUGUGUACGAUGAAACCCAAUACGGAACAGAGACCCUUUGGUCCAAAGACAUGGCGCACUACCAGGGCCCCGCUCUGUACGUGUACAACAACGCGGUGUUCACCCCCGAGGACUGGCACGGCAUCCAGGAGAUAGCGAGGAGCCGGAAGAAGGACGACCCCCUGAAGGUGGGAAGAUUUGGAAUCGGGUUCAACUCUGUCUAUCACAUCACAGAUGUCCCUUGUAUCUUCAGCGGUGACCAGAUUGGCAUGUUAGACCCUCACCAGACACUUUUCGGCCCGCACGAGUCCGGCCAGUGCUGGAAUCUCAAAGGCGACAGCAAGGAGAUCAGUGAGCUCGCAGACCAGUUCGCGCCGUUCGUUGGCAUUUUCGGAAGCACCAAGGACACGUUCGUGCAGGGCAGCUUCCCGGGGACGCUGUUCCGCUUCCCCCUGCGCCGGCAGCCUUCGCAGCUGAGCAGGAACCUCUACAACAAGCAGAAGGUCCUGGAGCUGUUCGAGUCGUUCCGCGCGGAUGCGGACACGGUGCUGCUCUUCCUGAAGAGCGUGCAGGCCGUGUCCCUGCACGUCCGCGAGGCCGGCGGGGCGGAGAGGCUGGUGUUCAGAGUGACCGCCAGCGAGGACCAGGCCCUGCCUCGGGAGCGGCCGGACGCGGUCAAGGUGCUGGCGGCGGCGAUGAGCGACUACUGUAAGAAGAUCCCGAACGACGGCGUCACCUGUGUCACGUACCACGUGAACAUAGCUUUGGAGGACGCGCGUGCGCAGGACACGCAGAAGACGUCCUGGCUGGUGUGCAACAGCGUGGGCGGGCGCGGCGUGAGCAGUAAACUUGACUCCUUAGCUGACGAGUUGAAGUUCGUCCCGAUCAUUGGAAUCGCGCUGUGUUUAUCCAGCGGAGAGGACGAAAAAGGAGCCACGUCCGAUUUCUCAGGAAAAGCGUUUUGUUUUCUGCCCUUGCCGCCGGGCGAGGAGAGCAAAACCGGCCUCCCCGUUCACAUCAGCGGGUUCUUCGGCCUGACGGACAAUCGCAGGAGCAUCAAGUGGCGAGAGCUGGACCAGUGGCGAGAUCCGGCCGCCCUGUGGAAUGAGCUCCUGGUCGUGAACGUGGUCCCGAAAGCCUACGCCACCCUGAUCUUGGAUGCCAUCCGCCGCCUGGAGUCGCGCGGGGGCACCGCCGCUGCGCCCCUGUCGGUGGACACCAUCUAUAAGCUCUGGCCGGACGCGGGCAGGGUGAGGGCGCACUGGCAGCCGGCGCUGGGGCCCCUGUUCCGCGAGCUGCUCCCGCACGCCGUGGUGCACUCCCUCGGCGGCCGCUGGGUGCGGCCGCAGCAGGCGCGCUUCUCCGACCUGGACGAGGGUUUGGAGCGCACCGGGGCGGUGUUCCGCUACCUCUGCAGGGCGGGGCAGGAGGUCGUGAAGGUGCCGGAGCACCUGGCGGAGGCCCUGCAGCUGGCCGCUGCCCCCGAGCAGCUGGUGCAGAAGGUGACGCCCGCGUGGGUGCGGCAGGUGCUGAGGAAGUGCGCGCCCCUGGGCAGCGCCCAGGAGAAGCUCCACCUCCUGGAGUUCGUGCUCUCCGACCAGGCCUACAGCGAGCUGCUGGGCCUGGAGCUGCUGCCCUUGCAGAACGGCAGCUUUGUUCCUUUCUCCUCAUCUGUAUCAGAUCAAGACGUUGUCUACAUUUCCUCAGAAGACUACCCAAGGUCCCUUUUCCCCGGGCUCGAGGGAAGAUUUAUUUUGGACAACUUGAAGCCUCACCUUCUAGCUGCUUUGAAGGAAGCUGCCCAAAGCCGAGCACAGCAGCUUCUCUGGGGAUACUCAGGGAGACCGUGCACCCAGCUGCAGCUCCUCAGCCCCGAGCGGUUCGCACGGCUCAUCAAGGAGGUGAUGAACACGUGCUGGCCUGGCAGGGAGCCCAUCGUCCAGUGGUACCCAUCCGACGAAGACAGAAACCAUCCCUCUGUUUCGUGGCUUAAGAUGGUGUGGAAGAAUCUCUACAUACAUUUUUCGGAGGACCUGGCUCUGUUUGAGGAGAUGCCGCUUGUCCCCAGGACAGCGCUGGAGGAGGGUCAGACGUGCGUGGAGCUCAUCAGGCUCAGGGUCCCGUCGUCGGUCAUUUUAGAAGAUGAGUCGGAGGUGCAGCUUCCAGAAUUUUUAGCUGACGUCGUCCAAAAACUUGGUGGGAUCGUCCUCAAAAAGUUAGAUGCCUCUAUACAGCACCCGCUUAUUAAAAAAUACAUCCACUCCCCACUGCCAGCUGCCGUGUUGCAGGUCAUGGAGAAGCUGCCACUGCAGAAGCUGUGCAACCAGGUGGCCUCGCUGCUCCCCACGCACAAAGACGCCCUGAGGAAGUUCCUAGCCAGUUUAACUGAGAGCGGUGAGAAGGACAAAAGGAUCAUUCAGGAACUGCCCAUAUUCAAACGCGUUAACCACACAUCUGACCAGGGCGUCUCCUCCUACACGAAACUGAAAGGGUGCAAGGUCUUGCACCACUCCGCCAAGCUCCCACCACAGCUGCGACUCUCGGUCCCGGUCGUAGACAGCAGUGACGAAGCCACUAUCCGCCUGGCGAACAUGUUGAAAGUGGAGAAGUUGAAGACCACUGGCUGCUUGAAGAUCGUUUUAAAAGACGUCGAAAGUGCAUUUUACUCACGUGAAGAAAUAACACGCCUUAUGUUGUGGAUCCUUGAGAAUCUGUCCUCUCUCAAAAAUGAGAAUCCCAAUGUGCUUGAUUGGUUGAGGCCAUUAAAGGUCAUUCAGAUUUCCCAGGAGCGGGUGGUGUCCGCCGGCGAGCUCUUCGACCCUGCCAUAGAGGUCCUGAAGGAUCUCUUUCACAGUGAGGAGGAGGCCUGCUUCCCACCGCCAGCGUUCACCUCGCCCGAUGUCCUUCACUCUCUGAGACAGAUUGGCUUGAAAAACGAAGCCAGCCUCACGGAGAAAGAUGUUGUGCAAGUGGCAAAAAAGAUCGAAGCUUUACAGGCCGGUGCGUGUCUGAGUCCGGACAUUCUGACGAAGAAAGCCAGAACGCUGCUGCAGAUUUUAAAUAAGAACCCCGCGCUGCUGCAGUCGCCGGAAGGGAGGACGGCGCUGAAGAAAAUAAAGUGGGUUCCAGCUUGCAAGGAGCGGCCCCCGAACUACCCGGGCUCCCUGGCGUGGCGGGGGGACCUGUGCGGGCUGUGCGCCCCCCCGGAGAUGUGCGACGCGGCCCACGCCGUCCUCGUGGGCGCGGCGCUUCCCCUGGUUGAGAGCGUCCACGCGGACCUGGCGAGAGCCUUGGAUGUCUUCACGGAGCCUGGCAUCAGUGCCGUCUUAAAACACUUCAAGAUCGUCGUUGACUGGUACACCUCGAAAACGUUCAGUGAUGAGGACUACUACCAGUUCCAGCACAUUUUGCUUGAAAUCUACGGCUUCAUGCACGACCACUUAAACGAGGGGAAAGAUGCUUUCAGGGCCUUGAAGUUUCCGUGGGUUUGGACCGGCAAAAAGUUCUGUCCCCUCACCCAGGCUGUGAUAAAGCCGUUCCACGACCUUGACCUCCAGCCUUAUCUGUACAGCGUCCCUAAGACCAUGGCAAAAUUCCACCAACUGUUUAAGGCCUGCGGGUCGAUCGAGGAGCUGACAUCGGAUCACAUCUCCAUGGUCAUUCAGGAGGUGUAUCUCAAAAGCGAUCAAGAGCUCAGCGAGCAGGAGAGCAAGCAAAACCUCCAUCUGAUGCUGAACAUCGUCCGGUGGCUGUACAGCAACCAGAUCCCGGCCAGCCCCAACACCCCCGUCCCCAUACACCACAGCAGGAAGCCUUCUAAGCUCAUCAUGAGGCCGAUCCACGAGUGCUGCUACUGUGACAUCAAAGUCGAUGACCUGAACGACUUGCUGGAAGACUCGGUGGAGCCGAUCAUCCUGGUGCACGAGGACAUACCCAUGAAGACCGCGGAGUGGCUGAAGGUUCCGUGCCUCAGCACGAGGCUCAUCAACCCUGAGAACAUGGGGUUUGAGCAGUCGGGGCAGAGAGAACCGCUCACUGUAAGGAUUAAAAAUAUCCUGGAAGAGUAUCCUUCCGUGUCGGAUAUUUUCAAAGAACUGCUUCAGAAUGCUGACGAUGCAAAUGCAACAGAAUGCAGUUUCUUGAUCGAUAUGAGAAGAAAUAUGGACAUCAGAGAGAACCUCCUGGACCCGGGGAUGGCGGCGUGCCACGGGCCCGCGCUGUGGUCUUUCAACAAUUCUGAGUUCUCAGAUUCCGACUUUGUGAACAUAACGAGGUUAGGGGAGUCUUUAAAAAGAGGAGAAGUUGACAAAGUUGGGAAGUUUGGUCUUGGGUUCAAUUCUGUGUACCAUAUUACAGACAUCCCCAUCAUUAUGAGUCGGGAAUUCAUGAUCAUGUUCGACCCAAACAUAAACCACAUCAGCAAACACAUCAAAGACAGGUCUAACCCUGGGAUCAAAAUUAACUGGAGCAAGCAACAGAAGAGACUUAGGAAGUUUCCUAAUCAGUUCAAGCCAUUUAUAGACGUGUUUGGCUGUCGGCUGCCCUUGACCGUAGAAACGCCUUACAGCUACAGCGGCACUCUGUUCCGGCUGUCCUUUAGAACACAGCAGGAAGCCAAAGUGAGUGAAAUCAGUAACACCUGCUAUAACACGGCAGACAUCUACUCUCUCGUGGACGAGUUCAGUCUCUGCGGGCACAGGCUUAUCAUCUUCACGCAGAAUGUAAACUCAAUGUACUUAAAGUAUUUGAAAAUUGAGGAGAGCAAUCCCAGCUUAGCACAAGAUACAAUAAUAAUUAAAAAAAAGUUCUGCUCUUCCAAAGCACUGAAUGCACCCAUCUUGAGUGUUUUGAAAGAAGCUGCUGAGCUCAUGAAAACUUGCAGCAGCAGCAGCAGCGGCAGCAGCAGCAAUAAAAAGCCUCCUCCUGAUGCACCCAAGUCAUCCUGCAUUCUUCAGAUCACAGUCGAAGAGUUUCACAACGUGUUCAGAAGGAUCGCUGACCUACAGUCGCCACUGUUCAGAGGUCCGGACGAUGACCCAGCUGCCCUCUUUGAAAUGGCUAAGCUGGGCCAGGCAAAAAGGCCGUCGGACGAGCUGCCCCAGAAGACAGCGGAGUGCACCACGUGGCUCCUGUGCAGCUGCAUGGACACGGGAGAGGCCCUGCGCUUUUCCCUGAGUGAGAGUGGGAGGAGGCUGGGGCUGGUUCCCUGCGGGGCGGUCGGAGUCCUGCUCUCCGAGGUCCAGGACCAGAAGUGGGCUGUGAAGCCACACGUUGGCGAGGUGUUUUGCUACUUGCCUUUACGAAUCAAAACAGGACUGCCGGUCCACAUCAAUGGGUGCUUUGCUGUCACUUGCAACCGGAAAGAGAUCUGGAAGACGGACACGAAGGGACGGUGGAACACCACCUUCAUGAGACACGUCAUCGUGAAGGCUUACCUGGAGGCCCUCAGUGUCCUGCGGGACCUGGCCGUCGGCGGGGAGUUGGUGGACUACACUUACUAUGCGGCAUGGCCCGACCCUGACGCGGUUCACGACGACUUUUCUGUGAUUUGCCAAGGGUUCUAUGAAGACAUAGCUCACGGGAAGGGGAAGGAGUGGGCCCGAGUCUUCUCCGACGGGUCCACGUGGGUUUCCAUGAAGAACGUGAGGUUUCUGGACGACUCCAUACUGAAAAGGAGAGAUGUCGGUCCAGCCGCCUUCAAGAUAUUCCUGAAGUACCUCAAGAAGACUGGGUCCAAGAACCUCUGUGCGGUGGAGCUUCCUUCUUCAGUGAAGUUAGGGUUUGAAGAAGCUGGCUGCAAACAGAUACUGCUCGAAAAUACGUUUUCAGAGAAACAGUUUUUCUCAGAAGUGUUUUUCCCAAACAUUCAAGAAAUUGAAGCAGAGCUCCGAGACCCUUUAAUGAAUUUUGUUCUGAAUGAGAAAGUUGACGAGUUCUCGGGAAUCCUUCGUGUCACCCCGUGUAUCCCUUGCUCUCUGGAGAGACACCCUCUGGUCUUGCCGUCGAGAUUAAUUCACCCUGAAGGACGAGUGGCAAAGUUGUUUGAUACGAAAGACGGACGCUUUCCUUACGGUUCUACUCGGGAUUACCUUAACCCUAUUAUCUUGGUUAAACUGGUUCAGCUGGGCAUGGCGAAGGACGAUAUUCUGUGGGAUGACAUGCUAGAACGUGCGGAGUCGGUGGCCGAAAUUAACAAAAGCGACCAUGCAGCUGCCUGCCUAAGGAGCAGCAUCCUGUUGAGUCUUAUUGAUGAGAAGCUAAAAAUAAGGGAUCCCAGAGCAAAAGAUUUUGCUGCAAAGUAUCAAACAAUCCCCUUCCUUCCAUUUCUGACGAAACCAGCAGGUUUUUCUCUGGACUGGAAAGGUAACAGCUUUAAGCCUGAAACCAUGUUUGCCGCCACUGAUCUGUACACAGCUGAGCACCAAGAUAUAGUCUGUCUCUUGCAGCCAAUUCUAAAUGAAAACUCACAUUCCUUCAGAGGUUGUGGUUCAGUGCCGCUGGCUGUUAAGGAGUUCUUGGGAUUACUGAAGAAGCCAACAGUUGAUCUCGUUGUAAGCCAGUUGAAGGAAGUUGCGAAAUCGGUUGAUGAUGGAAUCACGUUGUACCAGGAGAAUAUCACCAACGCUUGCUACAAGUACCUGCACGAAGCAAUGAUGCAAAACGAAAACACGAAGGUGUCCGUUGUUGAGAAGUUGAAGUCCUUUAAUUUCAUUCUAGUCGAAAACGUGUAUGUUGGCUCAGAAAAGGUUUCUUUUCAUCUGAACUUUGAAGCAGCGUCGCACCUUUAUCAGUUGCCUAAUAAAUACAAAAACAACUUCCGUGAACUGUUUGAAAGUGUGGGCGUAAGGCAGUCAUUUACUGUGGAAGAUUUUGCCCUCGUUUUGGAAUCCGUUGAUCAAGAAAGGGGGACAAAGCAAAUGACAGAAGAGAACUUCCAGCUUUGCCGGCGAAUAAUUAGUGAAGGGAUAUGGAGCCUCAUUAGAGACAAGAAACAAGAGUUUUGUGAGAAAAACUAUGGCAAACUGUUAUUGCCAGAUACUAACCUGAAGCUGCUCCCCGCUAAGUCUUUAUGCUACAACGACUGUCCCUGGAUAAAAGUGAAGGAUAGCUCUGUAAAAUAUUGUCACGCCGACAUACCCAGGGAAGUAGCUGUGAAACUAGGAGCCGUCCCAAAACGACAUAAAGCCUUAGAAAGAUACGCAUCCAACAUCUGCUUCACCACUCUGGGCACUGAGUUCGGGCAGAAGGAGAAGCUGACCAGCAGAAUCAAGAGCAUCCUUAAUGCCUACCCGUCAGAAAAGGAAAUGCUGAAAGAACUUCUUCAAAAUGCCGAUGACGCAAAGGCCACGGAAAUCUGCUUUGUGUUUGACCCCAGGCAGCACCCAGUGGACAGGAUAUUUGACGAUAAGUGGGCGCCCUUGCAGGGGCCGGCACUGUGUGUGUAUAACAACCAGCCUUUUACGGAAGACGACGUCAGAGGGAUUCAGAACCUUGGAAAAGGCACCAAAGAAGGAAACCCUUACAAAACUGGACAGUAUGGAAUAGGAUUCAACUCCGUGUAUCACAUUACAGACUGCCCUUCUUUUAUUUCUGGCAACGACAUCCUGUGUAUUUUUGACCCUCAUGCCAGAUAUGCACCAGGAGCCACAUCCAUUAGUCCUGGGCGCAUGUUCAGAGAUUUGGAUGCGGAUUUUAGGACACAGUUCUCGGAUGUUCUGGAUCUUUAUUUGGGAAACCACUUUAAACUGGAUAAUUGCACAAUGUUUAGAUUUCCCCUUCGAAAUGCAGAAAUGGCCAAAGUUUCAGAAAUUUCUUCAGUUCCCUCAUCAGACAGAAUGGUCCAGAACCUUUUGGACAAAUUGCGGUCAGACGGGGCAGAACUUUUAAUGUUUCUUAAUCACAUGGAAAAGAUUUCAAUUUGUGAAAUAGAUAAAACCACGGGGGCUCUGAAUGUGCUGUAUUCUGUAAAGGGCAAGAUCACUGAUGGAGACAGAUUGAAAAGGAAGCAAUUUCACGCAUCUGUAGUUGACAGCGUUACUAAAAAGAAACAGCUCAAAGACAUACCAGUUCAACAGAUCACCUACACGAUGGAUACCGAGGACUCGGAAGGAAAUCUGACUACGUGGCUAAUUUGUAACAGGUCAGGCUUUUCAAGCAUGGAAAAAGUGUCUAAGAGCGUCAUAUCAGCUCACAAGAACCAGGACAUCACCCUCUUCCCACGUGGCGGAGUGGCUGCCUGCAUCACUCACAACUACAAGAAGCCCCACAGGGCCUUCUGCUUCUUGCCCCUCUCUCUCGAGACGGGCUUGCCGUUUCACGUGAAUGGCCACUUCGCUCUGGACUCGGCCCGAAGAAAUCUGUGGCGUGACGACAACGGAGUUGGUGUUCGAAGUGACUGGAACAACAACUUAAUGACAGCGUUAAUAGCCCCUGCUUAUGUCGAAUUACUAAUCCAGCUAAAAAAGCGGUAUUUCCCUGGUUCUGACCCAACGUUGUCCGUGUUACAGAACACACCUAUUCAUGUUGUAAAGGACACUUUGAAGAAGUUUUUGUCGUUUUUCCCAGUCAACAGGCUUGACCUACAGCCGGACUUAUAUUGUCUAGUGAAAGCACUUUAUGGUUACAUUCACGAAGACAUGAAACGUCUUCUACCUGUUGUGCGGGCUCCCAACAUCGAUGGCUCCGAUUUGCAUUCUGCCGUUAUAAUCACCUGGAUUAACAUGUCUACUUCAAAUAAAACAAGGCCGUUUUUUGACAACUUACUGCAGGAUGAGUUGCAAAACCUCAAAAAUGCAGAUUAUAACAUCACAACACGGAAGACGGUGGCGGAGAACGUGUACAGACUGAAACACCUGCUCCUGGAAAUCGGUUUCAACUUGGUUUACAACUGCGACGAAACCGCCAACCUGUACCACUGCCUCGUGGACGCAGACAUCCCCGUGAGCUACGUGACGCCCGCUGACGUCAGGUCCUUUCUGAUGACAUUCUCCUCUCCGGACACCAACUGCCACAUUGGGAAGCUGCCUUGCCGUCUCCAGCAGACCAACCUAAAACUUUUUCACAGUUUAAAGCUUUUAGUUGAUUAUUGUUUUAAGGACGCAGAGGAGAAUGAGAUAGAAGUGGAGGGACUUCCCCUUCUCAUCACACUGGACAGUGUUUUGCAAACUUUUGAUGCAAAACGACCCAAGUUUCUAACAACGUACCAUGAAUUGAUUCCAUCCCGCAAAGACUUGUUCAUGAAUACGUUAUAUUUGAAAUACAGCACUAUUUUAUUGAGCUGUAAAGUUGCAAAAGUGUUUGACAUUUCCAGCUUUGCUGAUUUGUUGUCCUCCGUAUUGCCUCGUGAAUAUAAGACCAAGAAUUGUACAAAGUGGAAAGAUAAUUUUGCAAGUGAGUCCUGGCUUAAGAAUACUUGGCAUUUUAUCAGCGAGUCUGUCAAUGUGAAAGAAGAUCAAGAAGAAACAAAACCAACGUUUGACGUUGUUGUCGAUACCCUGAAGGACUGGGCGUUGCUUCCAGGAACAAAGUUCACCGUGUCAGCCAAUCAGCUUGUCGUUCCUGAAGGGGAUGUUCUGCUUCCCCUGAGCCUUAUGCACAUCGCAGUUUUCCCGAACGCCCAGAGCGAUAAAGUGUUCCACGCUCUCAUGAAAGCUGGCUGCAUCCAGCUCGCUUUGAACAAAAUCUGUUCCAAAGACAGUGCGUUUGUCCCCCUGUUGUCCUGUCACACGGCAAACAUAGAGAGCCCCACGAGUAUUUUGAGGGCUGUUCACUAUAUGGUUCAAACGUCCACGUUUAGAACUGAAAAAUUAGUGGAAAAUGACUUUGAAGCACUCUUAAUGUAUUUCAACUGCAACUUGAGUCACCUGAUGUCCCAAGAUGACAUAAAAAUUUUGAAGUCCCUCCCAUGCUACAGAUCCAUCAGCGGCCGCUAUAUGAGCAUUGCAAAAUUUGGAACGUGCUACGUGCUCACCAAAAGUAUUCCCUCGGCCGAAGUGGAGAAGUGGACGCAGCCCUCGUCCUCCGCAUUCCUGGAAGAGAAGACGCACCUAAAAGAGCUGUACGAGCUGCUUGGUUGUGCGCCUGUGGGCGACCUCGAGGUAUACUUGAAACACCUCUUGCCAAAGGUCGAGAAUCUCUCUUACGAUGCAAAAUUAGAGCAUUUGAUCUAUCUUAAGAAUAGAUUAUCAAACAUUGAGGAAUUGUCAGAGAUCAAGGAACAGCUUUUUGAAAAACUGGAGAGUUUAUUGAUAAUCUAUGAUGCUAACAAUCGACUGAAGCAAGCAAAACAUUUCUAUGAUAGAACUGUGAGAGUCUUUGAAGUUAUGCUUCCUGAAAAAAUGUUUAUUCCGAAGGACUUCUUUAAAAAAUUGGAACAACUUAUAAAACCCAAAAAUCAAGUUGCAUUUAUGACCUCCUGGGUGGAAUUCUUGAGGAAUAUGGGACUAAAAUACAUACUUUCUCAGCAGCAGUUGCUACAGUUUGCUAAGGAAAUCAGUGUGAGAGCUAACACAGAGAACUGGUCCAAAGAAACAUUGCAGAAUACAGUCGACAUCCUCCUCCAUCAUAUAUUCCAAGAGCGAACAGAUUUGUUAUCUGGAAACUUUUUGAAAGAACUGUCUUUAAUACCAUUCUUAUGUCCCGAGCGGGCCCCUGCUGAGUUCAUUCGGUUUCAUCCUCAGUAUCAGGAGGUAAACGGAACACUUCCGCUCAUAAAGUUCAACGGAGCGCAAGUGAAUCCAAAAUUCAAGCAGUGUGAUGUGCUCCAGCUGUUAUGGACGUCCUGCCCUAUUCUUCCAGAGAAGGCCACCCCCUUGAGUAUCAAAGAACAGGAAGGCAGUGACCUUGGCCCACAAGAACAGCUUGAACAAGUCUUAAACAUGCUUAACGUGAACCUGGACCCCCCUCUUGAUAAGGUCAUUAAUAACUGCAGAAACAUAUGCAACAUCACAACUUUGGAUGAGGACAUGGUCAAAACCAGGGCAAAGGUCUUAAGGACCUUAUACGAAUUUCUCAGUGCAGAGAAAAGGGAGUUUCGUUUUCAGCUGCGGGGGGUUGCUUUUGUGAUGGUGGAGGAUGGUUGGAAGCUUCUGAAGCCCGAAGAGGUGGUGAUAAAUCUAGAGUACGAGUCUGACUUUAAACCUUACUUGUACAAACUGCCUUUGGAACUUGGCACCUUCCAUCAGCUGUUCAAACACUUAGGUACUGAGGAUGUCAUCUCAACCAAGCAGUACGUGGAAGUGCUGGGCCGCAUAUUCAAAAGUUCCGAAGGAAAGCAAUUAGACCCGAACGAAAUGCGUACAGUCAAGAGAGUAGUUUCCGGUCUGUUCAAGAGUCUGCAAAAUGACUCGGUCAAGGUGAGGAGUGAUCUCGAGAAUGUGCGCGACCUUGCGCUUCACCUCCCAAGCCAGGACGGUAGACUGGUCAAGUCCAGCAUCUUAGUGUUCGAUGACGCGCCACAUUACAAAAGCAGAAUCCAGGGGAACAUUGGUGUCCAGAUGUUGGUCGACCUUAGCCAGUGCUAUUUAGGGAAGGACCACGGGUUCCAUACUAAGUUAAUAAUGCUUUUUCCUCAAAAACUCAGGCCCCGCUUACUGAGCAGUAUACUUGAGGAGCAGCUAGAUGAAGAGAUGCCCAAGGUUUGUCAGUUUGGGGCCUUGUGCUCUCUCCAGGGCAGGCUGCAGCUCCUCCUGUCUUCCGAACAGUUCAUCACGGGACUGAUUAGGAUUAUGAAGCAUGAAAACGACAAUGCUUUCCUGGCCAAUGAAGAAAAAGCCAUCAGACUCUGCAAAGCCCUAAGAGAAGGCCUCAAAGUGUCCUGUUUUGAAAAGCUUCAAACAACAUUAAGAGUUAAAGGUUUUAAUCCUAUCCCCCACAGCAGAAGCGAAACUUUUGCCUUUUUGAAGAGAUUUGGGAACGCUGUUAUCCUGCUGUACAUACAACACUCAGACAGCAAAGACAUUAACUUCCUGCUAGCAUUGGCAAUGACACUUAAAUCGGCCACGGACAACUUGAUUUCUGACACUUCAUACUUAAUUGCUAUGCUGGGAUGCAAUGACAUUUACAGAAUCAGCGAGAAACUCGACAGUUUAGGGGUGAAAUACGACUCUUCAGAACCAUCGAAGCUUGAACUCCCAAUGCCUGGCACCCCAAUACCCGCUGAAAUUCAUUACACUCUGCUCAUGGAUCCGAUGAACGUCUUCUACCCGGGAGAAUACGUGGGGUACCUGGUCGACGCCGAAGGGGGCGACAUCUAUGGGUCGUACCAGCCAACGUACACAUACGCAAUCAUCGUGCAAGAGGUUGAAAGAGAAGACGCCGACAACUCUAGCUUCCUAGGGAAGAUCUACCAGAUUGAUAUCGGGUACAGCGAAUAUAAAAUAGUUAGCUCUCUCGAUCUUUACAAGUUUUCGAGGCCCGAGGAAAGCUCUCAGAGCCGAGACAGCGCCCCGUCUACGCCAACCAGCCCCACGGAGUUCCUGGUCCCCGGCGUUCGGAGCGUCCCUCCUCUCUUCUCGGGCAAAGAGGGCCACAAGACCUCCUCCUCCAAACACCACCCCCAGAAGAAGCUCAAGGUGAGCUCGCUACCAGAAAUUUUAAAAGAAGUGACGGCGGUGGUGGAGCAAGCUUGGAAGCUUCCGGAAUCUGAAAGGAAGAAGAUCAUCAGACGGCUCUAUUUGAAGUGGCACCCCGACAAAAACCCGGAGAACCACGACAUGGCCAACGAAGUGUUUAAACACUUGCAGAAUGAAAUUAGCAGGCUGGAGAAGCAGGCUUUCCUGGACCAGAACGCGGACAGAGGCUCUCGGCGGACGUUCUCCACCUCGGCCUCCCGAUUUCAGUCGGAGAAGUCCUCGUUUCAGAGGUUCUACACGUCGUGGAACCAAGAGGCCACGAGCCACAAGUCUGAGCGGCAGCAGCAAAAUAAAGAGAAGUGCCCGCCCUCGGCCGGACAGACGUACUCCCAGAGGUUCUUCGUGCCCCCCACUUUCAAGUCGGUGGGCAACCCGGUGGAAGCGCGCAGGUGGCUGCGGCAGGCCCGGGCCAACUUCUCAGCCGCCCGGAAUGACCUGCACAAGAACGCCAACGAGUGGGUGUGCUUCAAGUGCUACCUCUCCACCAAGCUGGCCCUGGUCGCCGCCGACUACGCCGUGAGGGGCAAGUCCGACAAAGACGUGAAGCCGACCGCACUUGCCCAGAAAAUAGAGGAGUACAGCCAGCAGCUGGAGGGACUGACCAACGACGUCCACACUCUGGAGGCCUACGGGGUGGACAGCUUGAAGACACGGUACCCCGAUCUGCUCCCCUUCCCGCAGAUCCCCAACGACAGGUUCACGUCCGAGGUCGCCAUGAGGGUGAUGGAGUGUACUGCCUGCAUCAUCAUAAAACUCGAAAACUUUAUACAGCAGAAAGUGUGAAGGUGUGGAAAGAAAGACAGACCCAAGUCCUGAGUGUGUCAGAGCACAAACACGGACCUCUGUCCCCCCUCCAGCUUCCUCGCCGCGUUUCAGGAAUCGUGAAGCACAGAGCAGGCCGCUGGGGAAGCGUCUCGGAGCCGCUGUGAACAUGAGUGUCCGCAGACGACCUUGACUGAUUCUCAAAGGAAACUUUUUGAAAACAGUGGCAGACCGACUGCGAAACUGCUCGAUGUGUUUGGAUGGCCAGGACAGCGCGGUGCUGAAUUGCACUUUAUGUUACCAAAGCUCGGCUGUUCGCUAGGGAAGGGUCUGUCCGUGUGUCUGGUUGGGACGGAGUUCCUUUUGUGUUUUUAACAUGUGUUUUCUUUGAAGGAGCUAACAAAACACUGGCAUGUCAUUGGUUUAAACAAAUGAGGGGAAUUAGGUCCUAGAAUGUUAUCAUUUCUUUAAGUGGGUCCUCUUGGAUUUAUGCUGUUUCCUUAUCAGCUGGAUCUGAUGAUGAAUUCGUUGCCAUUUUACAUCUUAAAUACUCAGUCCGUUUAAAACGUGGCACCGUGUUUUAUUCCUGAAUAUUACUUGACUCAGCGUAGGCAGGCCGUGCUGGUGCGGGUGCACCGGGCGCGCCUCACGUCUGUACGUUACGUGUGUCUCACGCCUCAUGUUUACAGGUCGCCUCCUUCAGGAAGACGCUUACGGGAAACUCAAAGUUGUGGCAGUUCUUACCACCGGGUGUCCCUAUUGCUUCCGAGAACUGCUUACCACAACAACAUUGAUCAGCUGUUAGAACAUUUGCUUCGUGUUUGUUUGUCCGUAUUUUCCACAAAUGUCCUAAUUUAUAUAGUGUAGCUGAACAGGAUGCGGUCUUUCGUUGUCUAAAGGUGCUGCGGUUCAAAAAAAAUCUUUGUCUUUCAACAUGGUACUUAGUGGAGCCUUGAAAAAGUGUGAAAUCAUUGUGACCAUAUCCAGUAGUUUGUUAGAGAGGAAUUAUCAGCCUGUAUCUUCCCCGUGAGUGAUUCAGACCGACCGUUCAUUCCCAUUAUGUUUGAAUGCCCCUCCACAGGUAUUUAACACACUUCUUGUGCAGAAUGUAAAAGAACGGUAAUGAUAAUUAGUUCAUACAUGUGUGCUGCCUGUAAAUGAUGCUAAAUAUAAUAUUUUAUGCAAUUAAGGGCUUAAGGAACAUUACAACUUUUUUACUUUUAUUGGUAAUAAGGAAUGUCUGCCCCACCAUGAUUCUCUUGCUUCUGGAUGUGGAGCCAUGUAAUUAUUUCUGCUGUUAUAUUAAGUGCCAUAAUUUUAAUAAAGUGAAAUGUACAUAUGAAAUCAUUGCAA